UGUACAUACUACUAUAUAUACCUAGUAUCCGAGCAGUUCAGUUCAGGGCCUCAGGCAUUGUAUUACCUACAUGAUGUACCUAGUAUGCAUGUGAUAGCAGAUGCAGGCAGUGUACGAAUAGUUACAAAGUACCUAGGCAGCUCGCAUAAAACAUCCUUGAUCAAAAAGGUGUUACUUGCAUUAGUUCCCCCCAAUUAUUCAAUCCAUCUACCUAGGUUAGGCUCUAAUGAUGACAAUUCGUAUUUAUUCAUAAUAAAUCACAGUACUUAAACCGAUGCGACACCAAAAGCAGCCUAAACCGAUAUUUCCGACCAGUUUGAUACUGCGAUAUUACUGCGACACUGAGACACAUACAUGCCAACAGUUCAAAGUUGUACCUGGAACGGUGAAUGGAUACAUGCUUACCUAGAUACUUGGUAUUUAAGUUCACGCCAGCACAGGGCUACCUACUGUAGGUAGAUAGCCAUAAAUCUCCAACAGCUUCCCAACCUUCUUUAGUUUUUAGUUUUCGAGAUCUCUCCUUCCGUUAGAGGAGAAGGAGUGAGGUCAUUACGCAUUACGACGCAAUCAUGGUUCCCAACACCAACGGUACUACCUCUCUCCCUCUCCAAUCCCCCAAUGCCAUUCCUCCUAGAACCUCUUCGACUGGUUACGCCACUCCUUUUCCUCCCGCCAAGUCCGUCUUACGACCUGUUCCAGAAUCAGACUGGCUCGGUCAGAAUACCAACAACAACAACAACAACAACCGUCUUCGAAGAGAAUCUUUUAGUAGCGCCAAUCCCUUGACAGGCAUGCACGCUACCGGCUCUCAAGAUCCUGCUCGCUAUGAGACCGAAGAUCUAAACUACACCACAAGGAAGACAUGGACUGAGCAAAAGGAGAAGGUUCUCAUGGGUCCUUUCGAUUACCUGUUCGCUCAUCCUGGCAAGGAUUUCCGUACACUUAUGGUCAAUGCUUUCAAUGCCUGGUUGGAAGUGCCGCAGGAGAGCCUAGAUAUUAUUACCAAGGUCGUCGGCAUGUUACACACAGCAUCUUUGCUAGUUGAUGAUGUCGAGGAUAAUUCCUCGCUGCGAAGGGGCUUGCCUGUUACCCACAGCAUCUUCGGCACCGCGCAAACCAUCAAUUCGGCCAAUUACGUCUACUUUUGCGCCUUGCAAGAGCUGCAGAAGCUAAAGAAUCCCGAGGCCAUCAAUGUGUACACCGAAGAGUUGCUUAACCUUCAUCGCGGCCAAGGACUAGACCUCUUCUGGCGUGAUACCCUCACCUGCCCCACCGAGGAAGAUUACCUUGAGAUGGUUGGGAACAAGACCGGCGGGCUCUUCCGUUUGGCCAUCAAACUCAUGCAAGCCGAGUCGAGCUUUCAAGGCGAUUGCGUGCCCCUGGUGAAUAUCAUGGGCAUCAUAUUCCAGAUCCAGGACGACUACAGAAACUUGUCAAGUCCAGAAUAUGGCAAGAACAAAGGGCUGUGCGAAGACUUGACAGAGGGAAAGUUCUCGUUCCUUAUCAUUCAUAGCAUACGCUCAAACCCCUCGAACCUCCAACUCCUGAAUAUCUUGAAGCAGAAGACGACGGAUGACGAAGUGAAACGAUAUGCUGUGAAAUACAUGGAGAGUACGGGGACUUUCGAAUAUACGGCCAAGGUUAUCUCAAUCUUGGUUGCGAGGGCAAGGAAAUUGGCGGACGAAAUCGACAGUGGCAAGGGGCAGAGCGUCAAAAUCCAGAAAAUAUUGGACAAGUUGGUUGUAUGAAGAGGAAACUGUGACAUGGUGGGCAGGCAAGGUCGUUUUAUCUCUUUCGUGUCGAGGGAAAAGACCCCCGUAGAGGAAAUGGAAUUUCUUGGUGGCACUGUAUUGGAGUUAAGGCCUGGAGUGGAGUGGAGUGGAUGUGAAAUGGCACGACUUUGGAUACCCUCGUUUCAUAGUCCCGGGAGGUUUAUUGUUGGCCCUUCAGUGGCACGACCCUUGAGUGGGUAACUUAGCUCAAAAUAUAAUAUAAUGAGACUUGACGUGAGCAUUUUGCUUGAUAGAUGUUUGUAUCUAGUUAUGUAGAGGCUUAGAUUGGUAGAUUUGUGAAUGCAGUUGGGUUCUUAGGUA